CCAUCUUUACUCCAUCCCAGCGCAGCGCUGCCGGUGGGGCGGAACACCACUCAUCGACCCAGUUGGUUUCUAGGAACCGCCGAUAGACCUGGCACGCCACCGUGUUUUUUCACUAAAUCCUUGUUCGUUUGAUUAGAUCGCUACUCUAUCCACAUCUCGAUACACAAUGGGAGAGCGAGAGGACCUAGUUUACCAGGCAAAACUUGCCGAACAGGCAGAACGAUAUGACGAGAUGGUGGUUUCUAUGAAGAACGUGGCGGGCAUGAACGUAGAGCUCACAGUGGAGGAGAGGAACCUACUAUCAGUGGCCUACAAGAAUGUGAUUGGAGCUCGGAGAGCCUCCUGGAGGAUAAUUAGCAGUAUCGAACAGAGGGAAGAGAACAAGGGUGGAGAAGAGAAACUGAAGAUGAUCCGGGAAUACAGGCAAACGGUUGAGAAGGAGCUGAAGUCAAUCUGUGGUGAUAUUCUGGAUGCACUGGAGAGGCACCUACUCCCCUCUGCUGUCAUGGGCGAGUCUAAGGUCUUCUACAACAAAAUGAAGGGUGACUACCACAGGUAUCUGGCAGAGUUUGCCACUGGAAACGACAGAAAGGAGGCAGCAGAGAACAGCUUGGUGGCCUAUAAAACCGCUACCGAUCUAGCCAUGUCGGAGCUGCCUCCCACACACCCCAUUCGCCUCGGCCUUGCCCUCAACUUCUCCGUCUUCUACUACGAGAUCCUCAACUCGCCUGACCGUGCUUGCAGGUUGGCGAAGGCUGCGUUCGAUGACGCCAUCGCAGAACUGGACACACUGAGUGAAGAAAGCUACAAGGACUCCACACUUAUCAUGCAGUUGUUACGUGACAACCUGACACUAUGGACUUCAGAUAUGCAGGGAGAAGAGUCCUAAAGGAAACAAACCUGACUGUUCAUUUCCCAUGUUAACUGUACUUUGUGAAGAACAGAACAAAGAGGCACUGCAAGACGUUGAGGAUGAGGCCCAGUGAGACUAUGCCACCAACAGCCAACAACUUGAGACCCUCCCCUCACCUCCUCACACUCCUCGUCCCCUCCACCCCUCCACCUUUGUCCUCCUCAUCCCCUCCCCCUCCCCUCCUCCGAAUCCUCCUCCCUCUCUGCGAGUCACCUUCCUUUUCCUCCUCUCCCCUCCUUUUCCUUUCUUCCACCUCUGCAGCUCCGUGACCCAGCAGGGCCGCGGAGUGAACAGGUUUAUUUUUCUCUUCUUUUUUAUUUUUAUAUUAGCCCUUACAUCAUUCAAGUAAAUACCACUUAAUUGAGACAGGAAAUACAAUGUUAGAAAGACAAAGAUAUUGAAAGAGUCCCUGGAUUGUUUUUGUUUUUUGUUUUUUUUUGUUUGUUUUUUUUUUGUCCUGGUACAAGCAGUUCUGAGAUGUUAUCUUUGUUUUCAUUAUUGUAUUUUUGUUUGUUUGUUGGUUUUUUUUUUUUUUUUUUUUUUUUUUUUGCUUUUUCCUCAAUAUUUUUAUCAGUUGCUGGAUGUAUUGAGAUUUUUUUUUUCUUAAUGUAAUUACAGAAAUUAACUUUUAUUACUGAUAAUGUUGACUAUUAGUUAUGGGAGCUAUUUUAUCUCUGUUUUUAGUGAAAUGUCAUGCGAAUCAUUUUACCUUUUUUAUGGGCAAUUUGGAAAACUACAAGUGCCCUUUUGUUAACUUAGGUUUUCAGAGGAAGUCGGCAAAAUUCGCGAUAUCCACGUGGGGCAAAGAAGUGCUUAACUUUUACACCAUAGUGAUUCUGUUGUCAUGUUUUUGUAGUUGUCCUUGGACUGUACUUUGUGCUGAAAUACUGUAACUGUGCACACAUGCUGAAUCUCUGAAGGUUGACUUACGGCUAGCUGGUGGUUAUGAUUUUAAAAAGAAAAAAAAAACAAAACUUGGGAGAUUUCUCACUUGUGUAAAAGACGAGUCUCAAUUUGGCCCCGCUCCUCGACAGAGAGCCCUAAAACCAAGUUUGUCAGUGCUUUGCAUGAGUUAACACAUCUUUUCUGCUUCUUCUCCCCUGCGUUUUACUAAAGCUCCUCUAGGUUCAGAGGUUUUUUUCUUUUGCUGUUUCCUUUGUUUCUCUUCUUGUUUUGCUUCAUUAUGUGUAACUUGGAGCUGAUUUGUACUACUGGAUAUCUGACUGGAGCCACAGACAGGGAAUCUGUAUUGUUCUUACUGAAACACAGCAUGGAAUUAACAUUAAACAAUCUAAAUUAAACAUUACAAACUGA